CCCGAAUCUGAAUAGCUCAGCAAUGCUUUCCACUCUCGCCUUCAGCUCGGGCUUCUCGGUGUCGCGUUCGCCGGUUUCGCAGGGCCGUGCGGGUGCGCCUGCCAUGCUCUACGGCGAGCCUAGGCCCGUCCAGAUCAUCCCGUCCGUCCUUCCGGCCGACUGGGCCAACAUGGGCGCCGAGUGCAAGCGGCUCGAAGACGCCGGCGUCGACCGUAUCCAGUUCGACGUCAUGGACGGCAACUUUGUGCCGAACCUGACCUUCGGCCCGGAGCUCAUCGCCGCCUGCAAAAAGUACACCACCGUCAAGUUUGAGACGCAGCUGAUGGUGUCGCAGUACAACUGCGAGACGAUGCUCGACGAGUACACCGCGGCGACCAACCAGCCGGGCAAGCCCGGUGUCGUGAUCGCGCACGUCGAGGGAAACACGCACCUGCACCGCACGCUCACCAAGAUCCGCGAGGGGGGAGGCUCGCCGUCGGUCGCGCUCAACCCGCACACGCCGGCGGAGAUGAUCGAGAAUGUGCUCGACCUGUGCGACCACGUGCUGGUGAUGACCGUCAACCCGGGCUUCGGAGGCCAGGCGUACAUCCCGACGAUGGUCGACAAGAUCAAGAAGAUCCGCGGCUGGAUCGUCGACCGCGGCCUCGACAUCGACAUCGAGGUGGACGGCGGCGUCAAGGCGGACUGGACGAUCGCCGCGUGCGCCGAUGCGGGCGCCAACUGCUUCAUCGCGGGCUCGGGCAUGUUUGCGUACGAGAACCUGGCGGACGGCUGCUCGGAGCUGCGCACGAUCGCGGAGGCUGCACAGAAGGGCAAGGCGCGCCGAGGGGGAGGGGAGGGGCGGGGAGGGGGGGGGGGGGGGGGGAGCCCUCGACGCAGCGUCCGUAGGUGCUCCCGCCCGAGACGCACGCGAGCUGGCUCAAGGCGGAGUGGCUCCUGCGUGCCCAGGAGGGGCUCGAGCGCGGGCGCGACAUCUCGCUCCUCGAGCGGCUCGAGGCGGGACUCGAGGCGGGCGUGAGGUGACGCUCGGCUCUCGCGAUGCCGCAUGCCGCGCGAUGGGCGAUGGCCCCUGCAACUGUAUCCCGGAAAAAGAGAGGGUGUACUGACUGCUAUGAUUGUAUGUCCUGGUGCGCCUGCGUCGUCUGUGUUCUUCCUAGCGCUUACGACGUCCCCCGAAAU